CCGGCCAAUCAGCACUGCGAAGCCGUCCGGGAGGCGAGUCACACUCCGAUUGGCCAAUGACAGGGAAGGUUCCGCCCUCCGUGCCCAGCUCUGAUUGGCUUAAAAUCAGGAACAGGCGUGAACCCCGGAAGGCAGUGGCAAGAUGGCGUCCCUGGAUCGGGUAAAGGUCCUGGUGUUGGGAGACUCAGGUGUUGGGAAAUCUUCACUAGUUCAUCUUCUGUGCCAAAAUCAAGUGCUGGGAAAUCCAUCAUGGACUGUGGGCUGCUCGGUAGAUGUCAGAGUUCAUGACUACAAAGAAGGAACCCCAGUAGAGAAGACCUACUACAUAGAAUUAUGGGAUGUUGGAGGUUCUGUGGGCAGUGCCAGCAGUGUGAAGAGCACAAGAGCAGUAUUCUACAACUCUAUCAAUGGUAUUAUUUUAGUACAUGACUUAACAAAUAAGAAGUCAUCCCAAAACUUGUAUCGUUGGUCAUCAGAAGCUCUCAACAAGGAUUUGGUGCCAACCGGAGUCUUGGUAACAAAUGGGGAUUAUGAUCAGGAACAGUUUGCUGAGAACCAAAUCCCACUCCUGGUAAUAGGGACUAAACUGGAUCAAAUUCAUGAAACCAAGCGCCAUGAAGUUUUAACUAGGACUGCUUUCCUGGCUGAGGAUUUCAAUGCAGAAGAGAUUAAUUUGGAUUGCACAAAUCCACGGUACUUAGCUGCUGGUUCUUCUAAUGCUGUCAAGCUCAGUAGGUUUUUUGAUAAGGUCAUAGAAAAGAGAUACUUUUUAAGAGACAGUAAUCAGAUUCCAGGCUUUCCUGAUCGAAAGAGGUUUUGGGGAGGAACAUUGAAGAGCCUUCAUUAUGACUGAAUUAUGUGCAUCCUUUGGAAGAGUGAGAAAGCAGUGGCAAUUUUUCACAGCAUUCUUCUGGCUGUGUUAAUUAUUAAUGGCUCAGCCUUUUAAUGAAAUCAUCUUAAAAUGCCACCCUUCACCCUCACCCUUUAAUGGAAAACUAAAAGGAACUGACAGUGCAGGAGGUCUGAACUUUGUCCCCAUUCUCUCUGUUCCUCACCUUUCUGUCCCUGUUUAUAGAUUAUGUAAAAGCCUUAUGGAAAUAUGAGAUGUUGUCAAAAUGAUG